AUGAUCUCUCAGGUCGAUCAGAUAUCAGAUAUCGGGUUUGCUGGUUACAUCUCGAUCCUGUCAGCCAUCGAAUGCUACAUACCGGUUGCAAGGAGCAACCCGGCUCGUUCUCAUGGCUGUUGCAGGCUGUCAUUCCAGCGCCUUUUAGAGAAGCCUACCCUACGAUGGUACAUAGCACAACAGCCAGAGAAGGACGAUGCCAUGCCCACAGAGAUAGCGCCUUGGAGGCCCACUGGCUGUGAGGAUGCCGGAGAUAGCCUCGACCUUGGAGGCCGGAAUCAUGCAGGGGACGAGGUGCUGUGCACUUCCGUUAUAGAUAUACUCCGGGUAUAUAUAAGGGAGCCCAUAUAUAUACGGUACCGUUCCUCCAGAGGCAUCUUCACACAAACCAAAGGGGAUAUAUAUGUAUACCGACAGGCAACAAGAUAUGGACAGAGAAGAGAUAGUCAUCAGCCAGCAGCGGCUGAUCGACCGUGA